CCACCGCUCCCUUCUGCCACUGUUCGCCCUCGACGAUGGCCGUCCACGAGAGCUGUCCCGCUGCUUCACCAGCUAUAAAGGACAAGCUGCUCUCUAUGUUGAGGCCGAACCUGGUGCUGACGACCUCAAGAAACAAGUGGCGGCGUUCGAGUACGACCUCCAGUCGCUCUCUAAAGGAGCCAUCUAUGACCCUCUUGAAGAGUGUCGGCCGUGCUCACAGGAGGAACUGCUACACCUCUACUGUGCGGCGGACUUUGUGGCGCGCGGUACCAUAGUGGGCGUGGUAGACGACGCACGCCUCAGCCGCACCCUCAUCACGGUGCGUGCCACCAAACUUUUCCAGCAGACGUCGCCGGUGUUCAGGCACGCCCACACCCACAGGAAAGUAAAGGAAGCUAGCCGCGAGGAGAAGGAGAAGAAGGAAGAACAGGUGGAGGAGGUGUUCUCAAACCUGGUGUUGCAGGAGGGCGGGUUGGUAGGGCGUGUGGAGGUACCCUUACAGUGCGGGGCACGGGCGGGCGGGGGAGAGUUCCUGGUGAUGGGCGUGAUGCGUUUUGGCCAGCCCGUGCUACGCUGCGCCCCGAGACACCAGGAGUGGGUGAGUUUGGCGCGUGUCGCCCACGCCCGUGCUCAGUGUGUCCUGGAAACGUGAGGCUGACUCAGCCUGCCUUCACCCGGCACUAACCACACAGUACAACUUCAGUCCUUCUUAUGACUGAGUCGAGAUAACUUAUAACAUGAAAAUAAGUCACCUAUUAAGUAACUGGUGAUGUGAUGUUCAUGAUGAAGUGAUGAUAAGAACACUGUAUGUUCUGCUGAACAAAUGAAAGUCACGAGAAAUUUGAACAAUAAUUAUCCUGGUGAACAACAACAAUGAGUGACCUAGUGAUGUUGUGACAAUGAGUGACCUAAUGAUAGUGUGACAAUGCGUGACCUAAUGAUAGUGAGUGACUUUUAUAAUAAGCGGACAAUCAUGUUGUGAUGUUUUAUUAAUAUAAAAUAAUGGAAUUAAUGAACUAUUGUGGUGCAAUACUGAACACGUUAUGUAAUGUAGUAUAGAGUAUUACCCCGUGGUCCUCUUUUAUGAGGGCCAUGUGUUAUGAGGGCCAUGUGUUAUGAGGGCCAUGUAUCAUGAAGAUCAUGUGUCCUUAUGACCGUAUGCCACGAGGAACAUGUAUCAUGAAGAUCAUGUGUCCUUAUGACCAUAUGCCACGAGGAACAUGUAUCAUGAAGAUCAUGUGUCCUUAUGACCAUAUGCCACGAGGAACAUGUAUCAUGAAGAUCAUGUGUCUUUAUGACCAUAUGCCACGAGGAACAUGUAUCAUGAAGAUCAUGUGUCUUUAUGACCGUAUGCCACGAGGAACAUGUAUCAUGAAGAUCAUGUGUCCUUAUGACCAUAUGCCACGAGGAACAUGUAUCAUGAAGAUCAUGUGUCCUUAUUACCAUAUGCCACGAGGAACAUGUAUCAUGAAGAUCAUGUGUCUUUAUGACCGUAUGCCACGAGGAACUUGUAUCAUGAAGAUCAUGUGUCCUUAUGACCAUAUGCCACGAGGAACAUGUAUCAUGAAGAUCAUGUGUCUUUAUGACCAUAUGCCACGAGGAACAUGUAUCAUGAAGAUCAUGUGUCCUUAUGACCAUAUGCCACGAGGAACAUGUAUCAUGAAGAUCAUGUGUCCUUAUGACCAUAUGCCACGAGGAACAUGUAU